AUGUUGCAUCUUCAGGUGCUCCCGAUCCUGGUGUCAGGUCUGUUCCGUUCAAACGGGGUAGACCUCCUCGUGGAAUGGGCGGUGGCUUUGGUGGACUGGGUUCAGGCGACCUUUUGGCUCGAAAAGGGCAUCCACAACGAGGAUACCCUAAAGGAGUCCGACCGUCUGCUCCGCCUUUUUGACGACAAGUGCACCGCGAUCGCCGGCCUGCAGAAUUCGGCGUGGAACUUCCGCAAGUAUCACGACCUCUCCAAGUUCACUGCCACCGUUCGGCGCCUAGGGGCCACUCGCUGGACAUCCACGGAGAGGGGAGAGCACGAGCACCACUGGGUCAAGAUUUGGUGGUCCAGCAUGAACGGGAGGAAUGUUGACGAAGCGAUGUUCGAAGCGUGGCUUCGUGCGAUCGCCCUGGACACUAUCGAGGCCCAGCGAGCGCAGAUUGCGGAGGUGGUCCGACAGAGAGGCGCUUACGACAGCGCGAUCAUGAAGGCCAUUAACGGCGACGAAAACAUGCUUCCGCUGAAGUAUCGGUUUGCCGCGUUCUGGUCUAACAUGCUGGUGGACGUGAACUCGCCUACAGACAUGAUUUUUGACGGUCACAAACAACGAGUCGCGUUCCUGCAACUGCUGCGGGCCCAGCCGCUCUUACGCAAGCUUCCCGCUGCUUUGGGCACCCACUUCGCCGAACACGUCGGCAACUUGACGGGCGCCGCUCUCCGCCGCCUCAAUCCACUCCAAUACCUUCGCUCGAAGCACAACAUCGAUCCACGAGUGCACAUCGUGUCUUCCUGCUACAUCGUCCCGCACGCGGGUGGCCGCGGGAGGGUGCAAGCGGCGCAGGCUAUCCCCAGCUUCCACGGCCGACCGAUCUUCAGUGACGUGGCUGUGGAGGGCGCAAACAGCAGAACCGGGGCCAAAGAAAUUUGGUACGGUCGAGCUAUGGUGUUCUUCAAAGCACGCCACCGGGUACUCGAGUGGGAUGAGAACGAGCAGCAGUCAGUGUGGAAACCCAUAGAGCAUCACCUCGUUUUCCUCAGGUGGUUUAGGGUCACGGGCUGGAGGGACGCCGUGAAUUGCGACAUUGUACAGUGGGAGGCCACGCGGCGCAAGGAGCCGAGCGUUGCCGUCGAGCCGAUAGAGUCGCUCAUAUUGGUCGAAAUGAUGCUUCCUAAAAAGUCGCAAACGCGAGGCCAGGAACUCCGGUACCGAAACAAGUUUUACAGGUAG